GGUGCCGGUUUGGUUUCCUCAGACUGGUGGGGAUUUCAGAUGUUAAAGAUAUGGAGAGGAAGUUGAAUCAAAUAUGGCUAGGCUUCUAUCAUCUCAAGGUAAAAUUGGCAGACGAUAUGAAAAGAGGAAAGGAAGUGACAUCAUUGGGACUGAGCAAGUAGCUUGCAAAACACCGGGUAAGCCUUCAACGAUUGGCAGUAGGCAAGAAGUGGUGCAAACCAGAAAGGAGGAUACAAGGAAUGGGCAGGAGAAGGUACGAUUCAAAGAGGCAGAGGGGAUACCGAAGUUGGCUUUAGAGUUUUCUCCUACAGAGGAUGAGAAUGCAUGGUUGAAGAGAAGCAUGGUGGCGAUGGCAUGGUGUGAGAGAUGUUUUGUAGAGUUAGGUGCUUUAAUUGGAGAGGUGAUCCUUGUUGAUGAAGAUACAAGUACAGUAAAGGUGGAUGGGGAGUUUUUUCCAAUUAUGGUGAUGGAGGAGGAGUGGAGAAUGGCUCUAGAUUGGUGGUUGGCUGGUGAACGACGAAAUUCAGUGGACUCUAAAUAUGGUAUAGAAUAUCCCGAUGAUGGUAAUAGUGAUGUUAUCUUUAAUGUUAAUGGUUUGUUGGAGGAUGAUGGAGAGAAAGAUGCUAAAGAAUGUGGGGCAACAGUAGAGGAUUCAAAUUGGAAUUUAAGAUGCCAAGUAAUUUCUAAGGAAGGGGAAUCGGUUGAAAAAGAAGUAGUGGUGGGCUUCAUGUUCAUGGGCUAGAGAUGCAUGGGUCGAUUGAGAACGAAUUAGGUGGGCUUCAAGAAAUGGGAUUAGAGGUACAAUGGGCUGAAAAAGGUAACAGUGAGGGGCUUCGAUCCAGUCUUGGACAGUAGCGACAGGUGGCUCCAAAAAGUAGAAAGUGUAAAAGCUUGGGGUGAUAUAUGCUGGGAUUGAUGAUACAGAGAACUCGAGGUCGGUGGGAACAAAGUUGAUGACAGCAA